GGAGCAUCCAAGAGCAGUCUUCUGAGAUAUAAAGUGAAGCCCGUGGCAUCCUCCAAAAGUAUUUUGAACCCUGUCAGCAAUCUUAAGAACUCGGUGGAAAUGCUGCCCUGUGUCACCGUGAAGCCAGAUGACACUCUGACCUUCGACCCAGUGAAAGAGCCCAAGAAGAGAAAGCCGAGGCAACGAAAAAGCAAACAAAAUCCACAAAAUUUGAAUCUAGUGGCUCCCAUCACAAGCCGUGAGCCUAAGGGUGUUUUUGUAACCAGUCUAAGGACGGGUCAGGGCCUGGUUCCUGUUAGGUUGCUGUUUCCAGACAUGGGAGAUGGCUCUGAUGAAAUCCCAGAAGUCAGAGAAGAUGAUGUGUUUGUAACUCACCUCACUAAACCUACCGCAGGUCAUAAAAAUGCGAAGCUAGCCACUAUUCAAUCCUCUGUUCCCAGUAAAAAUAUAAGCGAUAAAAUAUCAGCACCCAAUGUUCCAUAUAUAAGUGUUGAUGAUGGUACCGGUAGUGAAACUGAUUCUGAUACUGAACAGAGUUUCAUGACAGAAGAGCAAGAUAUCAGGUUAUUAAACACACUGUUGACAUCCUCCAAGCAGUCUCAAAACAAAACUGCUGAUGAAGUGACUGUAAACCUUUCUGAACAGCAAGCAGCUUUCAGUCACGGCCCACUUGACUUCACCAUAACAGGAAGUAGAAUUGGAGGACUGCAAGGGGUUUCCAGCUUUCAAGAAAUGAAGAGGUCUGUUCCUAAUCUGGUUGCUAAAGAAAAAGCUGAUGUCCUGGAAUUAAAAACAUCUAAAGCAUCUCCCUGUAGUAUGCCUGAUCAGAGUGUGGAGAAACCUUUAAACGGUCAAAUUCAAAGUAAACUUGCUAGCGAUCUUACACCAAAUAUCGGGCAACUCACUAAAGACAGAGAUCAAUGUGUACAUGAAAGUACACGCCAAGGAAAGCAAAAUAUUCAGGAAAUCAUUAAUAAUAAUAAUGAAAAUCCUGCAAUGGAUGAAAGCUGUGAUUUAAAAAUAGAAUCUGUGUUUUCCCUAAAAAAUCAUAAAGAUCAUUUGGGUCUAGAAGACUUUAACAGCAUUAUUGAUCUGAGUGAGGACGUCCAAGCCGACAGUUUCAAUGUUUGUCUUUCGAAUGACUGGAAGCAGAUCAUCGUGCCAUGUUUUGUUGUUGUUGAAAGGCUGUCCAAGGCUGAAGUCCGCUGUCAGGGCGGCUAUGAAAGCCUCUCACGGUGUAGCACCCACUGCAGGAAGCGAACCCUUGAUUAUCUCUGCAAGCUGAACCUGCUGGCCUGCGAUGACCUCCCUGAUGUCCAGUCAGUUUCUCCUCCAAAGAAAGUUGGUCAGAUGUGUGAACCUGAAACUGAUCAAGCUGAAAUGUUGCCCCACACGACAAUAAACCCAGAUCCCUGUGUGGUCAUGAACCCAGAUCCCUGUGUGGUCAUGAACCCAGAUCCCUGUGUGGUUAUGAACCCAGAUCCCAGCCUUCCAGAGCCGGCGUGUCCUAUUCCUGUUACCGGUACAACUCAUGAGGCCAGACCAUUGACACCAUCAUCACUCAGUUUAGUGGGGAAAGGUACGAGUAAAUCCCCACAAGAUGUGCCGAAUGCAAAUAAAUCCCCAGGCUCAAAGUCUAAAAAGUCUCCCGUCUCAGAUUAUGACUUGAUGAAUAAAAAUGCAGGAUUUCAUAAACUAUUACAGCGUCUCAAGAAGCAGGUGGAGAAGAGAAGGAAACAGCUACAAAAGUGUAAGAAAUGCCAGAAAAGAAAAAGAAAACAGAAGAUAGCUUUGGAACAAGGUCGUGGUGCUGAGUCUAACGUCUCACAGGCACUACCAGAACAAACACCAGAAUAUCAUCAUUCAGACUUGAAUGAAUCUGUUGGGGGAAGCCAAAGCUUGCAUGCCAAGUCACUGAGCAAUUUCAAUUCUUCAUCAGAAAAGAGGAUUCGAAAGAGGAGGACUGACCAGAACAUUAGUCCAGGUGUAAAAAUACAAAAGGUUAGUCCAGGUGUAAAAGGACAAAACAUUAGUCCAGGUGUAAAAGGACAUUAUAGUGACA